UAAAAAAUGAAUACCCAAACAAGUAAGAAGUAACCCAAGCCGGAUGAGUUGAUGAUGAGAUAACGUUGAGUAGAUGAGGCUAUAGGUAACGCGCCAUUAUCCCUCCUCUUCUUCCCCCAACUCAGUUCUUCAAUGGCGUCCCAAUUAUCAUAUUCUCCAAUCUUCCUCUCUUCAUCUCCCAAAAUUUCAAUGAAUUCCCAAUUCACUUCUCCCCUUCACCGCCAUUUCCUCUUCCCUCGAAUUCAAACAAUCCAGCAUUCCACUGUUCGACGCGUAACUACCCAUUACUCCUUAAAGGAAUCAACAGAUCAGCAUGGUACAUCUUAUACCCCCAUGGUUAAGAAUGGGCUGAAAGGACUCCAAAGGACCUUGGCUGCAGUUCUUCUCGUCGCUCAGAUUUCAACUCCUUUACCUAUUAUUGAGUGGGGUUACUCUGUCCCUCCCGCAAAGGCUGUGCUUUAUUCUCCAGAUACUAAAGUUCCUAGAACUGGGGAACUUGCAUUAAGAAGGGCAAUACCAGCAAACUCAAACAUGAAAACAAUACAGGAAUCUCUAGAGGAGCUCUCAUACUUGCUUAGAAUCCCUCAAAGAAAACCAUACGGAACGAUGGAAGGAAAUGUAAAAAAAGCAUUGAAGGUAGCACUAGAUGAAAAGGAAUCAAUUUUGGGUAGUAUGCCCGCUGAUUCGAAGGAAAAGGGUUCUCUUCUGUAUGCAUCUUUGAUUGACGGGAAGGGUGGCUUGCGAUCACUUCUCGAUUGCAUAAAAGAAAAGGAUGCUGAUAGAGUAUCAGUGGGCCUUGCAUCUUCAUUGGAUACAGUUGCAGAAUUGGAGCUGCUACAGGCUCCAGGAAUAUCGUUUUUAUUACCUCAGCAAUACUCACAGUAUCCAAGGCUAAAUGGGCGAGGAACAGUUGAAUUUGUUAUUGAAAAAGGUGAUGGUUCUACGUUUACUCCUCAAGCUGGAGGUGAAGCCAAAAAUACAGCCACCAUUCAGGUUGUAAUAGAUGGAUAUUCGGCACCAUUGACUGCUGGGAAUUUCGCUAAAUUGUUAAUGGAUGGAACAUAUGAUGGUACAAAGCUAAAUUGCACCACUCAAGCUGUUCUCUCUGACAACAAACUUGACGCAAACAAAGGUUAUAGUGUUCCUCUAGAAUUAAUGCCAUCUGGGCAAUUUGAGCCGCUCUACAAGACAACUUUGAGUGUACAGGAUGGUGAGCUGCCAGUUUUGCCAUUAUCUGUUUAUGGAGCGGUUGUUAUGGCUCACAGUGAUUCUUCUGAGGAAUACUCAUCGCCGAAUCAGUUUUUCUUUUAUUUGUAUGACAAGAGAAAUGCCGGCUUAGGAGGACUGUCAUUUGAUGAAGGUCAAUUCUCUGUGUUUGGUUACACAAUAGUGGGGCAAGAUAUUCUUCCUCAAAUCAAAACUGGCGAUAUCAUUAGAUCUGCAAAGCUAGUGGAAGGCCAAGAUCGCCUCAUACUGCCAAGUAACCCAAAUUCAACUUGAAAGUGCUCUCAUUAGACCCUGCUCUGAUUGCAUUUCUUAAAUUUGCGGCAUGCUAUUCGUUCUUUUACCUUGAUAGAGAACUAUAAACGCCUACAAACUUCCUAGCUCAUUAUUCCAGAUCUGUACAAUGAUAUUACCUCAAUGUUCAGCUUCAAGAUCAUAUUCCUUCUGGCAUUGCUGGUGGAAAACUCAUAUUUCAUACUUCAUUAGCAACCUGGCUUAUGUAUAGUGUCUAGGUUUAUUGUUUGAAUUAUGUAUCUAAGAUUGUUGAAUUGAACAUGGUUUUCAGAUUC